AUAAAUAACAACAAGUGCUGAAACAACGAAACGGUUUCGCUUUCGGUUCUGCUGAUAUGAGACCUAAUGUGUCAAGUCAUGAAAGUUUAGCUCUCAGUGGAUAAUUAUUCAAGGAUUUUUGUCGAUGGAUAACAAAGAGGAAACACGCACCUGCGGCCAAUGCCACAAGGAAGUCGCAAAAGCCAACUUUGCUCUACAUGAAACACACUGCAGCCGCUUCUUAUGUCUCUGUCCUGACUGUGAUGAACCAGUUCCCAGAGAGCAACUGACCCAACACAGAGAGGAACAGCACACACAGGUGAGAUGCUCCAAGUGUAACCAGAAGAUGGAACGUUGUCACCUAUCGGAUCAUGAGUCUGAUGAGUGUGUGGAGCGUCUGCAGAGCUGUCAGUUCUGCGAGUUGGAGCUGCCGUGGAAGGAGCUGGCUGAACAUUGUCUGGUCUGUGGUAGUCGCACUGAGCUCUGCAGGGACUGCGGCCGCUAUGUCACCCUGAGGGACCAGCCCAAGCACGGCUUGACCUGCUCAGUUACUAACAAUGGCACAGGUCCUCCUCAAACUACCAGCAAACCGCCACCAAACAAGACUAAUAUAUCAGUGACUUGUAAGAGCUGCAUGGCAUCAUUUCCAGCUGAGGAUAUAGAGGAACAUGAGCUGGAGUGUGUUCUAGCAACCAGGUUGGACGAUGAAGAGGCAGAGAGUGAGGAUGAUUUCUUCAGCCAGGGGGCCACUCCUUGGCUAAGCAGGACCCAUAAGUCAACCUUUCCGUCAAACAGACCCAGCAAAGGUCCCCAGGGUGAUGGAGGUGACCCAGACCAGAUUAGCACCUGCCCCCACUGUCAUCUGGCCUUGCCCCUCAUCACACUACGUUGGCAUGCGGUGAAGUGCCAAAUCCACAUUUACUUGAAAUAAAGAGGGAGCUCCUCGGAAUGGAUGAGCUGCUUCACAGCUUUGAUCAAUGUUUCAUUAAGGAUAAAAGACAAGUACUUGGGCUGUUAAAAUGUACUUUCGGUUGUUCAUAUCAUUUCUUAAUGUUUACAUUUUGUUUUUAGUUUUAUUGACCUUUACUUUCUUAGUGUGCAUAAAGAGGAAGUGGUUUCCGAAUAUAAUACUCUGUAUCUAAGUAAACUUGGCAUGCUUGAUAACUUUGUGAUGUUCCUUUUGCUAAAUACAAACUAAGGUCAGCAGGGUCAACCUCUAUUUUAACCUUAUAGAAAAUAAUAUCACACUAUAACUAUGACACAAAACUGCUUGUGAAAAAUAAGCCAUGUUCUGAGAAGUCCAUACCAUUACACUUGCAAGUACAUGGAAAGAACACCAAUGGGGUAAUAACAGAUAUUUAAAGGUAUGUGGGUCAUGGAAUUAGACUGUUUAUGUUUCGUUACAAAAUAAUCCCAAAACUGCAAUAUUGGGAGUAAUCCCUGAACGUUGUAGACAUUCAUAUUUGCUAUACAUAUUUUGUUGGCUACAGUGAGGAAAUGUAGAAAUGCACAUGCAGAGGAUGCAACAUAUAACAAAAUUCCAGUUCUAUUUCCAUGGCUAUAACCUCACCCCAAAACAAAUUACUGCAAAAAACAAAAGUACCAUACCUUGUUUUGAUGUGUUCUCUCGCUUGAGGUCAAAUGUAAUUUAACAAAUGGUGACUAUGGCAACAAAUAACCUUAUGGGUGGAUACGGUCCGUUUUCCUGGAAUUGCCGUCAAUCACGUUUCACUGUUUGAUGGCACUAAACUUUAGAAUUAUACACCUAAUGACAAUGAUACAAUGAAUGCAAUUAAAUUGUAUGAACGAGAAUAGAAUAGUAAUAACAAAGAAUUAAGUAAGUUAUUUAUUUUCAUUUGCAAAGCUAGGAAUUUGUUACAGUACAUUACAUUUCAUUACUAUUUCAGAAAAUAGGUCACUUUUUAGUAAAAAACCAGACCAACAUAAAUUAGCUAAUAUAAUUAAUUCCAGCAAGCCAGUAACAUUACAUUUUUGUGUUGGUGAAAGUUUAUAACAGCAUUAUUUAUAAUCAAGAGGAUCAGCAAGAGGCAAUGAAAACCACGCGAGUGUUAUGAUAAAUAACCUGAUGAAUAACACUGAGCAGCAUAGUACAGUAUGCUAAAUAUAAAGCCACAAUCAUUUCAAAGGCACUUGCUGAAACCAUAUUGUUUU